AUGUCUGAGGAGUCCUUGACGUUUGCUGAAGUUGUGGCCCGCAAGAAUCGUGGGAGCCAAUCCGAACUUGUCGGUGCGGAUGACAGUGUUGCCAGCCUGCCUUCACAUGGAGCACUUCAAAAUGGAUUAAUUGUAUUACCAUCGCGCCCUUCGGUGGGUGAGAGCUACGCGGAUGCAGUAAAGUCAGCGAGUGUGAAACUUGGUGGUGUUCCGGUGAAUGUGUCCAAGCUGGAUGGCCAUGAGUCCGUCACGAAUUCAACUUUACAAGAACAGGAGUCCGUACUUUCUUCCUGGGCUGAUGAUGACGAAUGUUUCUUUGACUCGGUUCGAAACGCCUUGCAGAACAGAAAUGAUGAAUUUGAAUUGAGGGGCUACCCCAACAAUAGCCUUUCUUACGUCAAUGUUGGUAAUAACGGUUCUAACAACGUUUAUGGCAACUCCAAUAACAAUUACGGUGGCUACAGCAACUUCCGGCGGGGUCGUGGGUCACGUGGGUGGCGGUUCAUUAACGGUAACGAAGCAAAUUCCAGCAAUGGCAACACCCACAGCAACAACAACAAAAAACGAAAGGGAUAUAACAACAAAACUUGGGGCUCCUACAAUCCACCUUGUGGAGUUGAUUCUUUAAACCACUUCGGUGGUGGGAGGUUCAGUGGAUUUCGGUAG